GGAGUCCCUUGGUUACCAAACAAUCCUUAAGGGUGUGGCUUCCCAUUAUGCUGUAGUAGGUAUAUAAGGAGCAGGCAGGAGACCUCCUGGUCAUUACUGCCAGGGGUAACACUGCUUACAGAAAGCUGUAUAGUAGGGGAAGCUAGUGUAACUAAAGAUCACCAGAAAGAUGGAAGAACAGCCUACACAAAGCAAUACCUUGGAAAAGAAUGAAGGAGAAGGGCCUGUUCAGCGUCAGAACAAGCGAGAUGAGAAGAAGGAGAAGAUAAUCAGGAGAGUGAAAGAAGUCCUCGCUCAGAGCCCGAACAAGGACAAGAAUGCAACGGUGGUGAUCGUUAUUUGCUAUAGGGGCAAGAAGAAAAGAAACCCUAGUCAGCUGGAAAAGAAUGAAGGGACUCAGGACCAUUCUAGCAGUCCAAAUAACACCCAGUGACUGGCAGCAAUAGCAGACCUAAGCAGCUCUGCACCAUCUCCAGCAGGCUGCAGAGUCCUAUAAGGAACAGGUCAGGCAGCAGCUCUGCAACAUCUCCAGCAGGCUGCAGAACCCUAAAAGGAACAGGUCAGGUCUGAUCAAUAAAGUAAGAACAAGAUUUAGCAGGGGAAA